AUACCCUACGUCGGCGCGAUUAAUGACGUCGACGAAGCCAAGCCAGUACUUCUCGCCCCUUUUGACAAGAUAGUUCGCUUCUCUUAGCGGGCAGAAGAACCUGAGGUGGUCGAUCGAGGUCGCCCCGAUAAUUGCGAACUCGUGGGCGCGACGUGCAUCUCGAACGGAAGAAUCUCGGAAAUUUUCGGGCUCUCGUCUCCACUUUCCUUUUCUCUCCGGUGAGUCUAUUUUCACGAGGAACAUCCGCGCAUAAUUUUUUCCUUCUUUUUCCGGCCGGCCGGUUGUUCAUUCGGCAAUCAUCAUGAGGGAGAUAGAGUUCACCGGCGGCGCCGAGAAUUAGACUCGCCGAAAAAGUGGUUGAUGCGUAAAAACGCAUUCGCGCGCGUGUAAAAGUCGCGAUAUUCUUACGUUCACAUGUCGAAAAAAAAAAGAAAUUACAUGCCAACGAAUUUACGUAAACGGAUAGACAGAACCGAGAAGAGACAGAGAGUGAGAGAAUAUCGAGGAACAGGCAGCCAGACGGACUAAGGGCACGUCAAUGCGUACGCAAUACCGCGUAAAAUUUGGAACACAUAUCAAAAUGGGAACGACGAACGCACAAACCAGUUCGAGGCAUUCACACGACGAGAUUCACUCGGGAGGAAGUUCGAUCGACACAUUCUUCGCUGAAACGGUGAUCCUUGUAACUGGUGCUACUGGUUUCUUAGGAAAAGCUCUUCUGGAAAAGUUGCUGCGCUCGUGUCCUCGUGUGGCCACUAUUUUUGUUCUAAUCCGUCCAAAAAAGAACCAGUCUAUCGAAGAACGCUUCAAAGAACUACUGGAAAAUCCUGUUUUUGAUAGGAUACGAUCGGAAUUUCCAGACGCUUUAAAUAAGAUCUUUCCCGUGAAGGGCGAUGUGGGCAUGCCGGAGUUGGGACUACAGCCCGAAGAUAAGGAUAUGUUAAUACAGCAAGUUAACAUUGUUUUUCAUGGUGCGGCCACCGUACGUUUUAAUGAGCCAUUGAAAGUAGCCGUUAAUCUAAACACAAGAGGCACAGAUCGUAUGCUAGACUUGUGCAGACGUAUGACAAAUCUUAUUAGCGUCAUUCACGUUAGCACGGCCUACAGUAACGCUGAUCGACGAGAAAUUGAGGAAUCGAUAUAUACCACAGAAAUAAAGCCGUAUACAGUAAUCGAUAUAUGUGAAAAUUUAGACGAUGAGACAAUAGGAAUAAUAGAGAAAAAGCUGGUCGGUAAUCAUCCAAAUACCUAUACAUUGACUAAAGGUCUAGCAGAACAGAUCGUGCUGUCCAAGGGAAGCGGUCUACCAAUCGCGAUCGUACGACCGAGUAUAGUCUGCGCCGCCUAUCAAGAACCAUUUCCAGGCUGGGUAGAUAAUGUUUGCGGUAUUACAGGAAUAAUGACAGAGAUAGGUAGAGGUACUAUUAGGAGCAUCGUGUGUAACGCGAAUUUAAUAGUAGAUGUUAUACCUGUUGACUUUGUUGUCGAUACCUUAAUAUGCGCUUCUUGGUAUAACGCUAUGCAACGUACCGAUACAAUAAGGAUUUACAAUUGCACCAGCAGCGCACUGCAUCCGAUCACAUGGCGCGAAUUCGGAUGUCUUACGAAAAAGCACGCCAUAGAGUCACCAUCGAAAUAUGUGAUGUGGUAUCCAGAUUUUACGUUUAGGACAAACAAGUUUAUUCACACUAUCAUAGUAGCUAUGUUGCAUUUCUUACCUGCGUUUAUCGUAGAUCUUGUAUUAAGGGUUCGAGGUUACAAACCUAUAAUGAUGAAAAUCACCAAACGCUUCGAGCGCGCUGCUAAAACCGGAGAGUUCUUCGCGGUGAAUGAAUGGAAAUUCUGCGCUGAUAACAUGACGAAACUAGUGAAAUUCGUAAGAGCGUCGGGGCAUUGUAACGACUUCAAUGUAGAUAUUAGAAACUUGGAUUGGGACGCAUAUUUACAUCAAUACAUGUUAGGGAUUAGAAAAUAUAUUUUAAAAGACAAUCCAGAUACUUUAAAUAAUGCCCGUAGUCGUUUAUGGAGAUUAUACUGGAUGCAUAAAUUAACCAAAAUAUUCAGUAUAUUCGUGUUAUUAAGAAUGAUCAAAUGCGCUGGUCGGUGAUAUCAUCACGAAAUUAUACAAAAACUUUUGAAUUGUAAUUUGUGCAAUUUUAGAAACGCUGCGAAAACAUUGCGAAAAGAAAUAUUUUAGUAAAGGGACAUAUAACUUCGAAAUAUUAAACUGUUGUUAAAUACUAAUAUAAAAUUAAAUCAGAUAUUAAUGAGAAAGAGAAAGGGGGGAGGGGAAAAGAGAGUAAUUUAUAAAAUAUAAUUUUGAAAAAUGAAUGCAAGAUUACUGUAAAUACUAUAAAACUUUUGUUUAAAACACUUCCUCAUAUCUGUCGCACUUAACACGGUAAUUAUUAAGUUAGCUUUGCAAAGCUGCAUGAUCUAAUCGACCUAAUCUACGAUUGGCACGUACAAAAAAAUAUUUCUUAUUUUGAGCUAUUCUAUCAAAAUAUACAGAGUCCACCAAAGAGAUCAAAGAUGAAGACUUGCAAACAUUUCCUUGUAUUAUAUAAAUUUAUGUCGAUUUCUUUUAUCAGUAUAAUUAUCAUGUUAUAUUAUAAUAUCGUAAUGAAUCGUAAUAAAAUAAUAUGUAUAUUAUUUUGAACAAUGCACACAUAUAAAAUUAUUAAUUAAUGUAUUAAAAAAAUCAAAUUGUAAUUUCUGCACUAAUCACUGUAUAUUUUGUAUGUUAUUCACAUUAUUAUAUAGUAUAGUGAAUUCUUUCUCACUUCAAACUUUAUAAUUUCAAAAUAUGAAGAUGUGAACUCGAGCGCUCUCAGACCAAUUAUUCGGCAAAUAUUGUUUCACUCACGGUAUAUAUAAACUAAAUUUUUACAUGGUAUAAUAUACCUAACCGAAAUUUUUUAAUAUACGAUAUUACACUCACAAAGACUGACUUUAAUUAUAUAUUUUAAAAAUAAUAAAAAACACAUAUACACAUACAUAUAGGGGACCUAUACUGUAUUGCCUUAUUAAUAAUUAUCAAUAUCAAAAUGAAAUUAUUUUUGCUAAUUCAAAUACUCCUAUAAUCAUAUGAUUAAACGAUCAUCAUUAAACCAAUAAAUUUUAAUUUAUUGCAACCAUACGCUCGCAGGAACAAAUAAAUUUAUUAAUAAAUAAAUAAAUUUAUUAAAAAGAAAUUUUAAAACAAUAUAUCACUUAACACUCGUGUUAUCUGAUUAAUUAAUUUUUUUGUGAAACUAAACUUAUUAAACUAAAAGGGACUACAGGCGGCUGUGAAAUAAACGAUCACGCGCAAGAGCUUGUUACAGUUUUCGCGCGCGUAUAUUAAUUGUGUAGUAAUUAUAUUAACAAAAUUGAUCCAUGAAGAUCAAAUCUCUUCACGAGGAUAAAAUCUCUUCAAAAAUUCGCAAAAUUGUAUGCAUAUCUGUAAUAUGGCGAAUAAAAUAGUAAACAUGUAUUUAUGUGUAUAUAUGUAUGUAUAGCAAUUUUAUUUAAAUGUCAUGAGAUAUUAUGCAUAGUUUAUUUUCUAAUAUUUCUCGAUCUUGAAUUUUUAUAAUUUUUUUUCUGUGUUUAUUAUUCUCAAACUUUGAUUUGGCUCAUAUAACAGAAAUAAUAUUAUAAUAUUACAUUAUUAGACAAAUCAUUAUUGAGUAAAAUUCAACAGACUUUAUCCACUUAAUUAUUUAUAAAAUAUGACAGUUUAAAUGUAAUGUUACGAUAUUAUGAUUUUUACUAUUUUCAAGAUAAAUACGAGUACUUAUCGCAUAUCAAACAUGUUCCUGAGCGUAAGUCUUUAAAUACCUAAAUUGCUUUUUUUGCGCGUAACAAAUGUAUUGCGUAAAUAUACUUUGACGAAUUAAUGAGAUACAUUAUUGAGCGAUAUCAUGACUAUGUUUUUACAUAAAUCUGUAUAUUGUACACUUUUGCCAUGACCAAACUUGUACAAGACUUGUAAUUACAUAAACGAUGUUUGGAAUUAAUAUCUGACUUUUUCUAUUAUAAAUAUUCGUAUAUAUAUCAUCAAAAAUUUAAAAUAUGUUGUCAAUAAAGAACUUGGCUCAAGACACGUAAAA